UUAAAUCUAAUUUUCAGUUCCACCGAUCGAACUCAAAAUCGAAAUUGCAGAAUCCUUCCAUUUUCGUUCUUCACGUCGUUGGUUUUGGCGAGUUCUUCCGAUCAACCGUGGCUUCUUCAGGGUCCUCAGGUUUGUCUCGGAGAAAACCUUCGUCUUCCGCUUCUCCUCCGCCGUCAACGCCGACGAGGAUCGUUUACAGAGAGAGAGUUUCGCCGUCGCAUUCCGAUUUGCCUUUCUGGCAGCGUAACUGGUUCAUCGCCUUGCUUUUCGUUAUGGCCAUCGGUUUCUUCUCUCUUGCGCUGUUUCUCUUCCUCGGUCUUGAUCUCGACCAUGGCUCUCUGUCGUCUGCCUCUGCUGCGUCAUCCUCCGAGGGCGUUGAGAUUACUUAUGGGGCAGUGCUAAAGCUAAUGCACGAGAAAACUAAAUUCCGUUUGCAUUCCCACGACGUGCCUUAUGGUUCUGGUAGUGGACAACAGUCGGUCACCGGUUUUCCAAAUGUUGACGAUUCCAAUAGCUACUGGAUUGUAAGACCUCAGCCUGGGACAUCUGCAAAACAGGGGGACACCAUUAAAAGUGGAACAAUUAUCAGAUUGCAACACAUGAAAACAAGGAAAUGGCUGCACAGCCACCUGCAUGCAUCCCCAAUAUCGGGAAAUCUAGAGGUCAGCUGCUUUGGUGGAGAUUCUGAUUCCGACACUGGGGACUACUGGAGGCUUAUGAUCGAAGGGAGUGGGAAGACAUGGAAGCAAGAACAGAGAGUUCGGCUUCAGCACGUCGACACCAAUGGCUACCUACACAGCCAUGACAAGAAGUACAGCCGCAUAGCCGGAGGGCAGCAGGAGGUCUGUGGAGUCCGAGAAAAGCGAGCUGACAACGUCUGGUUGGCUGCCGAGGGCGUUUACCUCCCAAUCACCGAGACAAAGUAGAAACUUUCUGGUGAGGUAACAAUGUAUUAACUUCCAAAUUAGGCUACUUCUAGGUUCUUGAAAUAUUGAGAGACUGUUUGCCUGUUUUACAUGAAGUUGAGCUGAUUAUUAUUACUUAAAGAACUGUGGAUGAAGUCUUCCAUAGAUUGCUGCUGUUCAUUGAUAGUAUGUUACAAUUACAACCUGUAUUCUGGAUAAUAUAGUUCAACUCUGGGGGGAAACUGAUAUUUAAUGAAAAGAACCUUCCACUUUCAAUCA